AUGGAGCGUCCACAAAUCAUAUAUAAAAAUAAUGGUAAUUUUGAAGAAGUAACAGAUCUUGUUAAUGAAACAUUACGUGGAAUUAUUUGUGCAUGUGAAAAUAAUAAUGUACAUCAAUUAGAAACAAUUUUACAAUCAAUUGAAACAGUUGAACUUAAUCGUUAUUUAAAUGCAAUGAUGGAGUUAUAUCGUUUUCCAACAUAUCUGUUAACUCCAUUAAUGUUUGCAUCUGUUCAUGGACAUAGUUCAAUUGUUCGUUUUUUAUUAGAAAACUAUUCUCAUUGUUGUAUAGUUGAUGCACUGAAUUGUUCGUGUGACUUUAAUUAUGAAACUGAUAGAUAUGAAGGAUAUUUCUAUAGACAAACAGCACUUUGGCUUGCUGUUCAAUACAAACAUUUCAGUGUUGUUCAAAUACUCAUAUCACUUGGAAAAGCAAAUGUUAAUCAUAUGGCAGAUGAGUCCGAACGAAAGUCAUGGACACUAUUAGGUUUAGCAUGUAGAGAUGGACAAUUAGAGAUGGUCAAAUAUCUCAUUGAAAAUGGUGCUAAUUUAUACAAUGUUGAUCAAAAUAAUUCAACAUCUCUCAUGAUUGCAUGUAAAUAUGAAAACUAUGAUGUUGUACAGUAUUUACUAAGUUUAGAUGAUAUCAAUCAACAUCUUCUAAAUGCAAUGGAUAACAAUAGAUCAACUGCAUUACAUGUCGUGGGAAAUAUAUCUUAUAGAACAGUUGAUCGAAAAUUAGAUAUUAUCAAAUUGUUAUUAGAAGGAUAUCAUGCAAAAAUUAUCAAGAAUAACGUGGGAUGCACACCAUUAACAAUAGCUGGUAUAGACGAUGAUGAGCUUGUUAUGAAUUAUUAUAUGAAUGAUGAUGACAAAUCUUGGUAUACAACUUCACAAAUCAUUGAUGAACUUGAAUUAGUUGGAUGUUAUCAUUUGAUAUCGAAUGGAGUCGAUAGAUAUAGCAAAUCUUAUGAAUAUUUUCUACGAGCAAUGAAAUUAAGAUACAAAGACUUAAAUAAACCAAUUCUUAAAACUAAUGUUCUACCACCGAUGGAAGUUUAUGAUUAUUAUAUUGAAUGUCAAACAAUCGAAGAGUUAGAACUGAUUAAAGAUGAUCCAGAUCGUAUCAUGAUGCAAAGUCUUAUGAUAUGGGAACGAUUGAGUAUAACAUUCGAUUUUCUUAAUCAACUUAAUACUCGAGCUUUAUAUUAUGCAAAGAGCAAAGAAUAUCAACGUGCUAUACAGUUAUAUACACAUGCAUGUUAUCUUCGAAUAAACACACAUAUUGAUUUACAUGGAUAUUUAGAGAAUCUGAAGAAUUGUACUAAAAUCAUGAGUAAAAUGAUCGAGUAUAAUAAAACGGAAGAAAUUCAAUUUGAUAUACUUAUUAAAAUAUUAGAAUUAACUGGAAAUAAAUUUUUAAGAAUUAAAGAUCUUCGAUUGGUGAAAGAUUUUCAUGGAAAUAAUGAUAGAUUUCCUUGGUCAUCAAAUGAAAUCAAAUCCACUGAAGUGUAUCAUAUAGAUCAAUGUUUAUCUAUCAUACUUAAUCUAAUUUUUAUUGGAAUUGAAAUCUUAAGAUAUAGUGGUGAAAAAGAACAAGAACGACGACGAAUUAUUCAUCAAUUAGUUCAACAAUUACUUGAUUCUGAUUAUCGUACUGUAUCUGAUAACAAAACAUUAUUACAUCUUUCUUUGAUUCCAUACCACAAGGAUCGGUGGCUUGGUCAUAUUGGUAUUGUCACAACAUUUCCAUCUCUACCGGUUGUGAAAUUCUUAUUGUCUUGCCGAGCAUCAGUCAACGCAAUUGAUAAUAAUCAUUAUACACCAUUGCAUGAUUUUGUUCUAAAUGAUUAUAAACAUUUUCCCCAUCUCCAAUGGAUUGAUAUAGAAAACAUAUUUAAAUUGCUUAUCAAUUCUGGUGCACAUCUUGAUGCAAUUGCUCAUGGACGAACACCGAAAGAUUGUGCUAAAGAUACAAGAUUUCAACGUCUUUUUGAAAUGCAUCCCAUUCAAUUGCACUUAAAAUGUAUUUGUGCUCGACUGAUUCAAAAGGAAAAGAUCGAUUAUAUGAAUUCAAUUCCUACACAUUUGCAAUCAUUUAUUAAAAUGCAUUGA